UCUUGAGAAGGAAAAUAAGGAUUUUCAGUUUUCGUGUUUUCGUUCCAAAUUUGCUUGCGUUUUCACAGAACUCGUCCCCCGUGACUUGAGGCUGUAAGGAGGUAACAGUGAAGUUAGACUGUGUAAAUUUAAUAUCCUGAAGUUUUUAUGUUAUGAUCAGCUCUUAGACAGUUGUAGCAGAAAAUCAGACCCUUUGCUAUUACUAUGGCAGAUCCCAAGUACGCUGGUUUACCAGGAAUUGCUUUUGAUGAACCUGAUGUCUAUGAAACAACUCAUCUGCCGGAAGCUGACCAGAAUCAGGAGGAAAGCGAGGAGGAAUCUGAUGUGGUUGAACGUCUUCACAUUGAUGCUAAGUCUGCAUUUGCAAAAUUUAACAGCAGUAUUUUAGAUGGAUCUGAUGUUGAUUUUUCUGACAAUGUGAGCAGAAAAAGAAGAACCGGCUACAAUGUCAGAUCUGGAGACUGGGAACUGGCCGGACCUGGAGAGAAAGAGACUAUAACUCAAAAGUUUCGAAGGCUUCAGUUAGAACUGAAUGAGCUUUCAGAAGAAAUUGCAGCAAUCAAGGAAGCUAGUGAUGACAAAAGUAUCAGAGAUUACUCCAGUCUAUCCGAGCAAGUUGAGAGAAUGCUAAAGCACUUGUCUUGCACUCAGCUGGAAGAUGUUUUGGGAACUGAAAUAUGCGCUAAACUAACUGAUCCACAAGGGGCCCAAUUGAAGAAACUAUUGGAACAACUAGAUGAGUUCAUAGUUGUCACUCCAAAUGAAUCUGGAGAAAAACCAGCACAGAAAACAGCAGCACCAUCAUCUGCAGCAAACGAGAACGAUAAACUAGUUCGUUAUGAACUCAUGCUCAGACCUAGCCAAUCGCAUCUUCAUCAGACGCAACGAUUCGCACAAUUAGAACAAAAGUUGAGUCUUCUUGAGAAUCUUGUCGGAAACGAUUCUUCAAAACUAGCAAGGCUGGGUGGUAAAAAGAGUUUGGGUGAGGUUGCUCGCAGCCUAAAUGCAAGAGUAUCAAUGUUGGACAUGACCAAACUAGAAGCUAUUGAAUUGAGGCUGACAGCUUUGUUCCGGAAGCUCGAACAAAUUAAUGAGAAAGCAGCUGACGUCACCAGAUCGGAAGACACUGAGAGAGAGGCAAAGUUACAAGAGUUAUAUGAAUUUGUGAAGAAGUCGGAAUCAGUAGCCCAAGUUCUCCCACAAGCAUUGAACAGGAUGGCAGCUCUAGAAACUAUCCACCAAAAAGGAGGAGACUUCCUGACCACGGUGAGCCAAAUUGAAACUAUGCAGAGUGAACUGACAUCAAGUGUGGCUCUAAAUGAACAACUGUUGAAAACAUUGACUGAAAAUCUAAAUGAAAAUAUGGCAUCAGUGAAAACCAACAUGACCUCUUUUGAUUCCAGAAUCAAAGCUCUGCAGGCGAAAAAUUAAACCUUUUCUUCAGAACCA